AAAGGGUAUCCACGAUGAGCAAUCUACAGCUCUCCCGUGUCAUUUGGACGUAAUUGCAAUGAAGAGCAAUGAGAAGGGUUACAAGACACUUGUGAAGUGGGGUUGAGCCAGAGGGAGAGAGAGAGGAGGAGGAGGAGUAGAGGGAAAACCAUCCUCCGUCCUGUAGAUCCAUCAGUGGGCAGGCUGGAGACGGAUGAAAGCUCUCCUCCCAUCCUUCUCUGCUGCAUCCAUCCGCUCUCUUAUCCAUCUAUCCAUCCACCACCCCAUCCACCCAUUCAUCUCCAAGGGCGUCUCAAGGGGUGACAAGACCCGACUGAACGGCAAUGUAUACGCGGACGCGUGCGUGUGCGUGAGUCAUCCGUGUGCGUGAGCCUCUGCGCGCGUCUGGUCUUGUCUGUGGAACCUCCGACAUGAGGGGCUGAAACAGAACCGACAGAAGGAUGAAAAUGCUCCGGUUUCGCAGCCCCAGCCUCCGCUCCUUGGACCAGGAGAUCCUCUGUACGAUCCGGUUACUGGACGACUCCGAGAUCUCCUGCAGCAUUCAGAGAGACACCAGAGGCCAGUUCCUGUUGGACCAUGUGUGCAAUCACUACAACCUGCUUGAGAAAGACUACUUUGGUAUUCGAUAUGUAGAUCCCGAGAAACAAAGGCACUGGCUGGAGCCCAAUAAACCCGUAGUGAGGCAGAUGAAGUCAGCUCAGCAGCCGUACACGAUGUGCUUCCGGGUCAAGUUUUACCCGCAUGAGCCAAUGAAAAUCAAGGAAGAGCUCACCAGGUAUCUCCUGUACCUUCAGCUGAAGAGAGACAUCUACCAUGGUCGUCUACUGUGUCCUUUUGCUGAAGCUGCAUAUCUGGGAGCCUGCAUCAUACAGGCUGAGCUUGGGGACUAUGACCCAGAGGAGCACCCAUCAGACUACAUCAGAGACUUCAAGCUGUUCCCUAAACAAUCCCUCAAACUGGAGAGGAAGAUUAUGGAAAUUCACAAGAAUGAGCUCAGAGGCCAGUGUGCUGCACUAGCAGAGCUGAACAUGCUCCAAAGGGCUCACAGUCUUGAAACAUAUGGAGUCGACCCUCACCCAUGCAAGGACUUUACGGGCUCUACUGCCUUUCUUGGGUUCACAGCCACAGGUUUUGUGGUCUUCCAGGGAAACAAGAGGAUUCACCUCCUCAAAUGGGCUGACGUUAGCAAGCUGAAGUUUGAAGGAAAAACCUUUUACGUCAUUGGCAUUCAGAAAGAGAUCUCCUUAACAGGCAGGAUUCACUGUAACAGGAUGUCAUCUCUGAAGAAGCUGGUGUUGACAUUUCACACCUCGACCCCUGCAGCGUGUAAGCACUUAUGGAAGUGCGGGGUGGAGAACCAGGCCUUUUACAAGUGUGCAAAGUCAAGUCAGAUAAAAACAGUUUCCAGCAGUAAUAUCUUCUUCAAAGGCAGCAGGUUCAGAUACAGUGGCAGAGUAGCCAAGGAAGUGAUAGAAGCCAGCUCCAAAAUUCAGAGAGAGCCACCAGAAGUGCGCAGAGCUCAGUUUGGUCAGAGUCGAAGUUUUAACUCUCUGAGCCAUAAAAAUCUCAUCAUGAACAUGGAACCUUUGGUACCUGCACUGCCCUCCACUAACGAAUACGAAGAGACGGCCAUGGACAGCGGUGUUGCUCCCGUGAAGGACUCGGUUCCCCUGUCUCCCCUCAAAUCUUUAGCUGGGUCUGCAGAUGCAGAGCAGCAAAGUACUGAAGCAGGAAACUCUGCUUCAGGCAAUGACUUGCAGCCUCGUGUUUCCAUGGAAACCUCAAGUCUCCGACCUCAAACACCCAAAGCUGAACAUGAAUUGGAGGAAGACGAUGAGGCCAGCGGCGCACUGACCAUUUCUGAGCUUACUUACAGUCCCUGUGCCAGCAUGCUUCCCACCCCAGUGGACGACAGCCAGGGAGGAGUCGACUUGCUCUUCUCCUCUCCAGUUCAAAGCCCCGUCAGAUUGCUGAGGGAGCUCCAUGCUGAUCCCGACAUCCAGGCCCAGCUGGAGGCCGAGAGGGAGCGAGACAGGGCCUAUGAGCGCACCCGCCUGGCUGCGAGAAGUCGAAUGAGCGGAGUCCUGACCAGCAGUCUGCGCCUGCUGUCAUCCAAUGACAGAGUCAAUGCUUGCGUGUUGAGCGUGGCCCGCUUUGUCGCUGUGGUAAUGGGGGUCCUGCUCGUCACCGUGCCCACACUGCUGCUGCUGCUGGAGUCAGAUAUUGACGUGUCCUUCCUCCAUGAGAUCCGGCAGACACCGGAGUUUGAGCAGUUUCACUACGAGUAUUACUGUCCGCUCCGACGCUGGAUCCUGUGUAAGAUCAGCAUGGCCAUGGAGAACCUGUGGUCAGACUGAGAAGGGAAAAGACAUCCAAAAAAAGAGCAGAGAGAAGAGUCACUGUGAGGAAAACAAAUACGUUCAAGUGUAUGUCUUAACAUGUGAUUUAAUCUUAUAUUUAAUCUAGUAUUUAGCCAAAACACCAGUCUGCCAAAGAGAUGAAAUGAGACUUUGUAGUUUAAGCAACACUACAUUGGCUCACAAAAUUCUUGUUGGAUGUUUCAUUAAAAAAAAAAAAUCAAUUAAAUUUCUGUCAGGAUCCCUAAAAUGAGGCAAAAACACUGGAACAAGAGCAUUUGUUUCACCUCUUUGGCUGCGUAAUUUGCUGUGUGGAAGAGCGAAAUACGAUUUUAAUUGUAGCAUUUAGUCACUUGUUAAGAUAAACACUUCAGAUAGUGAUGAAGUGAAAAGAUAGAAGAAAGUAGAUGCUCAAGGAGGAACUUGUGGAAAGGGAUGUAAUGGACAUAGAAAAAGUUCCAAAAAGAAGAAAUUUGAAUGGCUGUUCACUCCUGAUGCUGAUAAGUUGAUGCGGAGACUCUCCACGAACCUUUCUGAUUGGUUCCUGUCCUUGGAGCAGAGCACCUGAUUGGUCACAGAGCCUGUCAGUCAUGACGGAGUGGGUGGACGCAGAAAGCUAUGAUUGAUUAGUCACUGAACAACAACAUCCACAGUCAGAGGUACAUUAUAUAAAUAUAUACAUAUAUAUUUAAAAAAACAACAAGAGAUAUUGAUAAUAAUGCCAAUUAAAAAAACUUGUUUUUAACAUUUUGUACAUUUUUAUGUGAUCCAGAUCUUUCAGGAAUUUUUCAGUCAGAGGAUCUACUUUGAGCUUAUUUUCAAAUUAAUAGUUUACAAAAGAUUACAAAAAAAGCGAAUUUACUGAGAUUUAUCAGGGUGUGAGUGUUGAAAAAUUUAAACUAUUUUUUAGGACUACCACCAACAGUUGUUGGCUUGGUAGCACCCUGGCUUUUUCCUACAGAGGCUAUAGCACAAAUCUUUUACACAGAUCACUGAUUACAACUGUUUCAGAUUACGUGAUGUCAUUUUGGAAGGAAGGCCCGAGAGAAACUCUCAGCUUGUUUUCCUUGAUAAAAUGUUUUUCGAUGAAAGUGUUAAUGUCAUCUGAACUAAAUGUUAGCUCAUUAGUUUACGGUCGCUCAUGCGUCUUUAAACACUAUGGACAGAGUCUGCAGUAAAUGUAUGAAAAAAGGAAGAAAAGGUUAUAUGGAAGCUUAUGAGGGAAAAUGAUCGUGGAAUUAAGGUUCAUUUUUGAUUAGUCAGCAACGUGCUACUUCACAGGGAGCGGUGCAUAAGUUUCAGGAGAAACUAAGAUGGGUUGGUGUGGCUGACUCAAAAGAGUGUGCUCCAACUACACUGUGUCUAGAUGAUACACGGUGGGACAAGUGAUGCGUUUAAUGGCCUGAAACCGCUCAUGAAGGUAAUGUAUUGGUGCGGUUGCAGUUGCAGUUAUUAAUCUUGCAGAAUAAGAUCAGCAGUUUGGUCACAGACACAGUCAUUAGAGUACAUUUCUAAAAGGUUCUGUGGUUGCAUCAUGUUGAGUAUUUAUCUUUGGAUGUGACCAAAGACAGAGGUAUCAUGUUGCAGUGUAGACACAGUGAAUCAUGGGAUUCUGGUUUGAGGAGAUUUAAGGUUCUGUUCAUGGACAUAUACUUCUGAUUCGGCUUAAGUAUUUACCCCGAUCAGUCACCAAAUAAACUAAAACCACUUUCCUAGCACUGUAUAGGCCCCACAGGUACUGGCAAAAUCCUCUGAGAGGGAGCAUUAAGGAUCCUCUGUUUCCUGGGAAUGCUUUAUCAGAUUGGGAUCUGAGGAUAUUGGAUAAUAUGUCAGCACUGCUUUAUUUGCUUUACUUGGUGGAUAUCAAAGUAAUAUCAACACGAAGGCCUACAGUUUCAUAGCGAAACAGUCCCUAUUCACUUCAGGUGUGUUUGCAUAGACUCAUCAUCAAUGUCAUGAUAAUCUGUGGAUUUUAAUGAUUUCUUUGAGCAUUUUUUUCAGGGUAGAAUGAUUUUACAAUAUACAUAUUUAAUGACUAUAAAAAUACAAACUUUGUGCAUGAGUUUCAAUUCAUUUUGGAUUUUCUCUAAUUCACAAAAGGAUAGUUAAAGUAUAAGUAAAAAGUAUGCAGGCUUAAAUAUAUAGAUGUACUCUGACUAAUAUUUUGUUGAAAAUCUCUUGUUGCACCUUGACCUCAUGCUUUUGGUAGCCAUCAACAUCUCUGUUGUAAUUCUAGCUGGAUAUUUGACCACUCUUGGCAGAAUUGGUAGAGUUUAUUUAACUGGUUGGUUUCUUGGUAUGGACCCGGCUUUAAAGCACAGUCCAUACAUUUUCAAGUGUUCAGGAUAGGACUUCAGAAAGGACACUCAAGAAGCUUAACGUUAGGCUGCUUUAUGCAUUCCAAAACCAGUUUUGAUGUGUUCUGGGAUCUUUGUCCUGUUGGAACACCUUAUUGUGUCCAAAUGAUGUUAAAGAAUUUGGAUGAAGUCCUCUGUCUUCAUUAUUGAAUCUGCUUUGUCCAGUGUACCAAUACCACUGGCAGCAAAACAGACGCAGAGCAUGAUGCUACCACCACCAUGCUUGAUAGUUAGUGCAGAGUAGGUUUUAAAGCCUGAGCUCCAAAAGUAGCUCUUGUCAUUGUGGCCAAACACCUCAAUAUUUGUCUCAUUUCACCAUACACCUUUUCUCCACAAAAAAAUGUGUCCAUGUGGACAGCUCCAAAAUUUAUUCAAGCGACACCCUGUGUCCACCCUGUGUCCACCAUGUGUGGAUUAGAUAAAAAAUACAUUCAAAAUAGUGCAGCCGGUCUUUAAAGAUGUAUGCUGUACAUUGAUUCCACGCUGGGAAAAGAACAGUUCAAGGAAAUCAUUAAAAGCCCAAAGUUGCCAUAACUUUCAUGACGCGUGCAUGUAAACAUCUGACCACAACUGUAAUUUGUUGUUGAUUGGUAUGUAAAUUUAGGAUCAACUCAAGCCAUUGGAAGUGACAUCCUGCUAUAUAUAUACAAAGGAAAACUGAUCUGGACCAGAGAGUGUAGGAUUUUGGAAGUUAUUCACAUUUGUCUACCAUGAAAGUAUAAAAGGUGAGGUCAAAUAUAAAGCAAGUCAAGGUUUCUGUGUGUGUGCUGUCUGUAUAGAUGAUCUCAAAAGUGUCACUAAGUAAAAGUUGACGUUUUGGACCUUACAGCCAUUAACUUGUUGGUUGAACCUGUGACGAUGGCUGUCUGUUACAGCAUAGUGGCUCUGAAUGAAAGUGAGGCUAAAUGGCUUCAGAUCAAAUGAAAACAGAUGUAGUUGUGUCCGAAAUGUAGUUUGAUUUGGAUCAACUUCUCAGGAAAGGGCAUUUAUGCAGUUUAUGUUUAAAAAAUGAAAAAGUCAUUAAUAAAAAAAAAUGCAUAUACACACCAUGUAAUUUAUCCAUAACCUUUAUCUCAUAUGUCUUGCUAUUUAGAAUAACCAAGCACUGUAGGUGAAGUUAGACAUUAAUAUGUUGGCUGACUGUCUGUGUUGUUGUAGCAUAAUUUCACUCAACUAAUGUAUGCAUCCAUGUCAGUUUCAUUAAAAUACUACACAAAACUCCUUCUCUGAGAGCCUGUACGUGCAGUUUGGCCUUCAUAGAUAAACUUCAAUGCUCUUUGCACUACUAUCACAACUGGGAAUGGCAACAAAGUAUAAUUUCUAGCCAGUCUCGAGGGUCUAUUACAAAAUCAUCAUUUAAAGUUGAUUUUUCCACUCCUCAUACUCUUUGUAAGUGAGCUGCUACAGAGGCUUCUGCAGUGCACAGCCCUCACAUUCUCUUCUAUCUAUUCUGCCUCAUGUUAUCAGCUGUGUUGUCGUGUAACUGUGGACUUUAUGCAUUAAGAAGCUUUAUGCAUAUAUAGCAGAUAUGCAGUAACAACAGGAACAAGUUUAUUUGAGGACAAAGCAUUUAUUUUCCUACUACAGCACAUGCACUGAGUUUCAAAGGUGAAACUGAGCAAAGGGCCAAAUGACUCUGAUGACGAUGUUUGCAUCUAACGCUGCAGAUUCUGAGAUUUCUUUUUUUUAACGGCUUCGCUCGAGUGAACAAAGCUGAUCUGUAUGCACUGCUAAAUGAUCACCAUCAUCUCUCUCUUCAUAGCGUGUAUGCACAGGCAUCAAAGUGCUCAAGAGAUUCACCACAGAUUAAAAGACUCUUCACGGCUGUAAAGAUGCAGGCCUUGGUUCUUUAUUUCUGUGCUCCAUCUUCCUGCAGUUAAACCAGGGAAUCUCUCUUUUUUGGUUCCUUUUGCUGACCUCUCAGUGCAAGUUGCAUGCCCUUCAUCUGUAAAUACUGUGUUUAUAGCUGUGGCAAAAGAAAAAAAACAGUCUGGUUAAAGAUUUCCUUUCUUUCUUCCCUCUGUGUGUCUUGUCUGUGUAAAGCAAUCCACUGUAGAUUACAGGCUUGGCUGUCUCAACCAUCUUAGAUAAAUGCAUGUUCUCUGUGUUUUUACCAAGAGGAGAAACUGAUGAUCUUUUUGAAACCAAAAACCACUUUGCAGUGAGCUUUGGACUUAAUUUUAGUCACUCACUUCUCAACAUAGGCUACAGGUGGUUGCUAACUGUGUUAACUUUUUCUGAGUAUAAGACGUUGGCUCCUUGGAAGAAGUAAUAUUCUCAUCCCUUGAAGAGCAGCUCCUCUAGUUAGCUACAUUGUGCUUUUGCUGUGUGCUUGUACAUCAUUAAAGCCAGACCUCAUUGCUAACAGAGCAUGCUAGCAUAUUAGCCACUGAUGCCAUUAGCAAGGCUAGAUUUCAUUCACUUUCACUUCACAGAAAUGAAUUUAACCUCACUUAUCAAAGUAUUAAUUCCAACUUCCUCAGAGUUGUAACUAGAAAAUUAGAAUCAACCACUGAUUCAUUGCAAACAACAGAAAGGCCUUUGGUGUCUAUUUGAUACUGUAGCAUUAUGUUAGUCUGUAGCUCAAUUAUACAUUAACAGCCUUUAAGAAAAGGGGAAUUGAACCACUUUGAGAUUCAGCUCUUUUUUUGAGCUACAGAACUUGGGUUUCUGUUAUUGACAAAAAGGAUACAGGAUGGACUGAGAGAACAACUUUUGUUGCCUAAACGUAAAGAAAACUGUGAUAAAGAAAAAAAAAUAGUAAAGUAAAAAAAAAAGAAAGAAAUCACACCAUUUGAUGUCAUGUCUGAGUGCAAAUUCAGAAGAUACCGGCAUGAGUCAAGUAUUUACAAACCUUAAAUUUAACUGCUUGUCUACAUAUCUGGAAAGUUAACAGCAAAAACACUUAACUAACACUUGGAAAUCAGAUAGUUUAAAAUGACUAUACACAACCGAAUACACUAAUACAUGUUUUAAUUCAUUUAUUUAAGAUUUUAAAUAUUUGAACUCAGGUCUACUAUAUGCAAAACUACUGGACAUCACAUGGUAGAGCAAAAUAAACUGUAUAUUAUUUCAGUGUUGUGUGGGCAUGUAAAGUAGUAGCAGAAUCUCUUGCACGGUCCCUGUAUUGUUUUGAUUGUUAUGGUUAAAUCUGAUUGUUUUGUUGUUUUAUCAGUUAGUCAAAUCAUUUUGUUGUUUCUUUUUUGUCAUUUUGUCACUUUUAAUAAUAAACUCUGGGAGAUUUGAUUUAGGAAGAGUCAGAAAAAAGGGGAAAACCAUCCCUCGAGUAACGACCCCCCCCCUCUCUACUGGGACAACCAAGCCUUAUGAACUUUGUGAAGUGAACAUUUUGAAUGUUUGUAUGUUAUAACAGAAAACAUGGUUUGUUUUAUAUGUUAAUACUGCCACAAUAAAGCUCCCUGAUGAAUAUACAUUGAAA